AUGGGUUCAGCCGCUUUGAAGAAUUUCUCAUCCAACGAUUUCAAGGGCAAGAUUCCUGAUCAAUUGGGGAGGAUUAUUAAUCUUGAUACAUUGGAUCUCUCUGGCAACAAUUUCUCAGGCAAGAUUCCUGAUUCCAUUGGUGAUCUUGAGCACCUCCUUGUACUAAAUUUGAGUAGAAAUAACCUUGAUGGUCCUGUCCCUAAUGAGUUUGGGAAUCUAAGAAGUGUGCAAGUAAUCGAUCUAUCCUACAACAAGCUUUCUGGUUUCAUUCCUGAAGAACUCGGUCAGUUGCAGAACAUUAACGCUUUGAUCUUAAACGACAACAAUAUUCAUGGAGGAAUACCAUCUCAACUUACCAAUUGCUUCAGCCUAACUACAUUGGAUCUUUCCUUCAACAACUUAUCAGGUUACAUUCCAGCCGCAAAGAACUUUUCAAGGUUCCCUUCCGAAAGUUUUUUGGGGAAUACCUUGCUAUGUGGAAACUGGCCUGGAUCUUCCUGUUCUCUAGAUGGCCAUGCAUCCCGAAUUUCGAUCUCUCUGGCUGCAGUCGUUUGUAUUACCUUGGGCUUCAUCGCCCUGAUUUUGAUGCUCUUGGUAGCAAUCUACAGGUCCAACCAACCCAAGCUGAAACCUUUUCCUUGUAGAACUGCACAAGGUCCUCCAAAGCUUGUUGUUCUUCAGAUGGACCUGGCUAUCCAUACAUACGAAGAAAUCAUGAGAAUUACAGAAAACCUUAGCGAGCAAUACAUAAUCGGUUAUGGCGCCUCAAGCACAGUGUAUAAAUGUGUUCUAAAGAACUCGAGAGCCAUAGCUAUCAAAAGGUUAUAUAGCCAGUACCCUCAUAACCUCCGCGAAUUCGAAACGGAGUUGUCCACCAUCGGCAGUAUCAGGCAUCGAAACCUUGUAAGCCUGCACGGAUACUCCCUCUCCCCUCAUGGCAAUCUUCUCUUCUACGAUUACAUGCAAAAUGGCUCUCUGUGGGAUCUGCUUCACGGCCCUUCGAAGAAGGUGAAGCUCGAUUGGGACACACGCCUGAAGAUAUCGGUCGGUGCUGCACAGGGUUUAGCCUACCUUCAUCACGACUGCAACCCACGAAUCAUUCACCGAGAUGUCAAAUCGUCCAACAUACUCCUCGACGAGAAUUUCGAAGCUCACCUUUCUGAUUUCGGCAUCGCGAAGUGCAUCCCUUCUGCUAAAACUCACGCAUCGACAUAUGUGCUGGGCACCAUUGGUUACAUCGAUCCGGAGUACGCUCGAACCUCGAGACUUACAGAGAAGUCUGAUGUCUACAGCUUCGGCAUCGUUCUCCUCGAGCUUCUGACGGGAAAGAAGGCCGUCGACAAUGAGUCCAACCUCCACCAGCUGAUACUUUCAAGAGCUGAUGACAACACGGUAAUGGAGGCGGUCGACUCGGAGGUUUCAGUAACAUGCAUGGAUCUCAAUCUUGUGAGGAAGGCAUUUCAGCUGGCACUGCUUUGCACGAAGAGGCACCCGUCGGAGCGCCCCACCAUGCACGAGGUCUCUCGGGUUCUGGUCUCCCUGAUGCCCGCACAGAGUUUGAAGUCUGGUUCCCCGCCUCGGAAAACUAACGAUUAUGCUAGAAUCAUGGCCGGCGAUGAGAAGAUGUCUCGGAGGAAUGAAAGUGAUCAUCACCACCAUCAAUACAGCAGCUCCUCUGACGGGCCAUGGUUUGUGAAGUUCGGGGAGGUUAUCUCCAAAAACACUCUUUGAAUAGCUGUUUUGGUUUUUUAGUGGGGUCUUUGGGAGAAGAUACACGAGUGCCCACAAUGGGUGAUGAAAAAAGGUUGGAACUUUUUCUUUUUUUGAAUUGUUUGUGCCGUAAUUGCUUUAGUUAGGCAGUUUGUAUUGUAUUUUUUUUUCUUGUUGUUAAUGGCUUGACGGUUUGGGUGGUUUUGUUAUCGUUGA